AUGGAAGAAAAUGGAACGUGUCAUGAUUUGAAGGAUUUAUUCCAAUCUAUUAAUCCAAAUCAAAUUGAAUGGACAACUUAUCCCAUUAUACGUUUUUUAAUUACGUUUACUUAUGCUGCUUUAAUGAUAAUAGGAAUAUUUGGUAAUGGUGGUGUGAUAACUAUUGUCUUAAAAAAUAAAAGACUUCGAAAUGCACGAAAUAUAUUUUUAAUGAAUCUUAUGGUAACAGAUUUAAUAUUGUGUUGUUUUGGAAUUCCAUUAACUUAUAUUUAUGCAAGAGAAAAAAAAUGGACAUUAGGAUUAAUAAUGUGUAGAUUAACACCACUAGGAUCAAAUUGUGCAGUAUUUGUUAGCAGUUGGUCUUUAUGUGCUAUAGCAUUAGAUAAAUUUAUACAUAUAGUAAAUCCAAUCAGACAACCAGUAUCAAUAAAACAAGCAACUGUUAUUACUGUUUUAAUAUGGAUAUUAUCUAUAUUAGCCAAUAUACCGCCAAUUGUAAAUUCUGAUCUCAAAUCGGGGGAGGCUUUCACAAGUUCUUUUGAGGAUAAUAAACCACUUUGUGGAGUAUUUUGUGAAGAAACAUGGCAAGAUGAAUCAACAAGACAAACAUAUGGUCUAAUAGCAUUAAUAUUUCAAUUCAUAGUGCCUAUGGGUAUAAUUACAUAUUGUUAUUGGAGAAUUCUUCAUAAAGUAGCUAAAGAUUCUAUAAUACAUAAUGUUCAAUUUUCAAAUUCAUUAACAGCUUCACAAAGGAGUGCAGCAGUUAAUCGAAAGAGACGAGUAAAUUAUAUUUUAAUUGCCAUGGUUUUAGCAUUUAUUUUAUGUUGGUUUCCAUUGACGCUUUAUAAUAUUACAAAAGAUUUCAACAUUGCUGUCCCACAUCUUCAUUCACAACCAUACUUUUAUGGUGUUGUUUUUCAUAGUAUUGCAAUGUCAACUGUCGUCUUAAAUCCUAUAUUAUUUUGGCUUACUUUAAAACAACGAUCAAGAUUUAGAGAUUUAAUUCCGGCAUCUGAAGUAAUCUCAACAAUUGCUAAUGGUGUUCAAAAUAUAAGAGCAACAUUUUCAAAAAGAAGUGUAACGAAAACUAUAGAUAAAACAAAAACUUUAAGUUUAACAUCAGAUAUUGUAUCAAUGAGAAAUUCAUCUACAUUCACCUCUGACAAUAACAGUGGAUCACUAAGAAAACAUAGUCAGAGCAGGUUUAAAUUACGGCAAAAUAAUGAUUAUCGGCUCCAUAAUUCAUUUAGAAAUUCUCAAAAACCAUUAGUAAGUAUGCAAGAUGAUAACCAGAAUGAUAUUAGAAUUGUUAAAAUUAGUCAUUUUAAAAGAAUGCAUUCUAAUGCAGUUUAA